AUGUCUAACUCUGCUCGUUCAUCUGGCUCUAUGCCUGAGGGUACCAAGAGACGCCGUCGUUCUCCUAAUGAACUGGUCUGGACUCAGCCUCGUACAAUCUCACCUGCUCUCCACACAAAUGCUCGCUCAUUAUCAGCUCGUGCAUCUCCCGACGUGUCAAUGAAGAACAACAACACAUCACAACGGAAGCAGCCGCAACCGAACUUCACUGGGUUAUUAAGUCCCUGCAGUCAGCCCAAGGAUAUCCACGAGAUGCAAGAUUGGAAGAUGAACACCGAUUUCCUCGACUUCGCCGCCCCCACUGAUGACGUUAUGGUUCAAAAUCUCUUUAUGUCCGAUGAAAGCCUCUUCUCAACCCCUCAAUCUAUGGAUUCUCACUCCUUCUCGAUGGGCGGCAUGGACCCGAAUUUUAUGGAUAAUCAGGUCACUGGUAUGUUCCAUGGUAUGGAGGGAUGCGACGCCACCACCAUGAGUUCGGAUCCUCGCAUGAAUGUCUCUGGUCUCAGCGGUUUCAGUGCUAUCCACCUCGCGGCACACUUCGGCAAAUUAUCCAUCAUUCAUCUUCUUCUCUCCGUUUGUCCCGAAGAUGUGGAUCUCGCUAAUCACGAGGGUCAAACCCCUCUACACAUCGCAGCCUCUGAAGGUCACAUCGAGUUGAUUCCCGAGCUGCUUCGUUCUGGAGCCAACGCUCUUCUACAAGAUGCUAAUGGCCGUACUGCUUUACAUCUGGCUGUACUAAAGGGCCAUUACGAUAUUAUUCGCAUGCUACUGGAUGACCAACAGGGUCAAGCUAUGGUUCGCAUUCCUGAUAGCGCUGGGAGGACACCUUUACAUCAGGCUGUCAUGCAAGAGUCUGGACAAGCCGUUCGAUUAAUGCUGGAAAGAGGUGCGGAUCCUCGGGCACCUUUGGGCUAA